UUGUUUUCGCUCCCUCAAAGUAUCAAUCAAUCAAACUCGGUGGCGACAGUAGUAUCUCCCACAGCGCCUGAAGGCAACAUGCAUCCAUAUAAAAGGCGCGGGAGGAGGCCGUGAACGCAUCAUUCCAUCCAGGUUGUAAGCAGCACGAUGUCGCGGAUGUGGUUCUGGGGGGAAAGCAGCCGUGGAGUCUUCGGUCCCAAGGCGUCUUCAACCCCCGUGUCGUGGACAGUCCCUCGUGACGUCGUCAAGGUUGUCUGCGGGGAGCAACACGUUGUACUCCUGCGGGAGGAUGGGACACUUUUAUCGCAUGGAAGCAACUCCAGGCGACAACUUGGACGGAGGACUUCGAAUAAUGAAAAAGCAGGCAAUGUGGAGGGCCUGCCUUUUGUGGUGGGCGUGGCUUGUGGUCAAUACCACUCCCUGGCCGUAAGUUUAGCUGGAAUAGUCUACUCCUGGGGGGAAAACGAAGAUGGACAACUUGGGGUUCUACCCGAUCCCACGUGUGAUUAUCAGCAUGCAAUACCGGUGCAGUUGCCGACAAAAACGGUCCAGGUCGCUUGCGGUGACUUUCACUCUGUGGCAUUGACCAAAGGGGGAGACGUCUUGUCCUGGGGCUCCAACAGUCAUGGGCAGCUGGGUGUGGGGAGGCAGGUGUCACUGCAGUACUUGCCCCUCUUGUUGUACCCGCUCAACGGCGUACCCGUUACCCAAAUCUCAGCCGGAGCGAGCCACACGCUCUUCCUCACGUUGUCAGGCCUGGUGUACUGCUGUGGGGCCAACAAUCACGGUCAGCUGGGCCUGAACCGGGUCGACCCGAAUGGCCGAUUCAACAUCUGCAUCGUCCCGGCUCUAAGACGUCUGAGCAUCGCCUUCAUCGCCUGCGGAGAGAAUCACUCCGCCGUCCUAACAAAGGAGGGCGAGGUUUAUACGUUUGGCGAAGGGGCUGACGGUCAGCUGGGUCACGGCUCUUUUACGGAUGAAGUGAUGCCCAAACUUGUGGUGGGGAUGGAUGAGCGGGCGUCCCAGGUGGUCUGUGGCAGACGCCACACUCUUGUUUUGGGAUCCUCUGGCAAACUUUGGGCAUUUGGAAAUGGGGUGAAAGGUCAACUCGGGACCGGAAAAGCAGAGACUAGUGCCACCCCCACGCUGGUACAACUCCCGUCGAGCUCUGACUGCACAGCAGACUUGAGGAUCGCAGCCGGUUGGAACUCCAGUUUUGCUUCCGCCGGACCGCGGGGUUUGGAGCAAAAGCAGAUAACCGGAAGGCUCGAUGAGGCGAAGCUGAGAAAAUGGCUGGCGUUAAAAAAGUGCACACCAGAGGCUGAGAGAGAGAUCUCCGAGAUGUUUUUAUCAAAUUCAAGCCUCGUUGCCAGUUUUACAAAAGUCACUGGGCUCUCGCGAGAAGCAGGUGCAUUGAAUAUAGACCUGGAUGCUGCGAGCCGAACCUUCUCUCAGAUGCUGGCCGUACCAUGGCUACGAAAAAAACUGGACUUGAAAAACUGUAUGGAAAUUCUCGUUAAGUCAGGACCUAACCUCAGAUCUCCAGAGAUCAUUGUGGUCCUGCUCGCUUGCCCUCUCUUCCAAGAAGUUGCACACGUCCUGAACCUCGUGCUGCCGAUGGCUGUGGUCAUCAAAGACAUGUGCGAGAAGUGUCACACAACGCUGAAGGGCUGGUGGUCCGCCAUGUCAGCCGCCACGCUGUUGACGCACAUCCUGCUGUUCAAAAACGCUCUGGCGUUCGCCAUCAAGAGUGACCUCCUGGAGUCCCACGCGCCGGGCGUGGAAGGCGUGUUGGCGGUCCUGAAGCUCCUCUACAAAGUCAACAAAAGAAUGAAGCCCCACAAAGUCCCACUCGACACCUUUUAUGUCGAGGAAAUUGACGAGUCUCACCUUAUGGUGGAUAUUCUUUUUUGGUUAUCAUUGCAUCAUCGUGAGGUUGCUUAUUGUUUCUCGGAGGAUAGGCGGAGCAGACGUCCCAUCUUUUGCCAGUACCCCUUCCUGCUCAGUUUGCACUCCAAAACGAUGGCUUUCGUGCUGAUCGCAGGAGCUUUGCAACGUAUACACAGCGGCCUUCCACCGGUUCUGGAUUUCUUUCAGCUUCAAGGCCCGAAGCCGCCGGUCUUGAAGCUUUCAUUGAGACCGAGUCACCUGCUGGAGGACACCUUCAGACAACUCAGCACCGUGGACCACGGGGACUUCAGAAAGGCGCUAGUGGUAAUCCGUAACAAGCGUGUAGACCACAAUGGUCUUGAACUUCUUUCACCAGAAAACACUCGGCUCUCCAAGUACCAACCGUCAUGACAACAUUAAAAUACA